AAUAAAUAAAAUAUGUAGGAAUUAAUUGAGAUUGGCUUAAAAAAGGUUUUACCAGGAAUUCUAAUAAAUCAAAUAGCCUUCUACUCUUUGUAUAAGAUUUUAAAGAAUAAUGAGUGUAUAGUAGAUGUAGCCUACACAGUCAGUCAUUUAGUUGCAGGAUCUAUCUAUGCCUAUCAUUUUGGACUUUCCUCUUUUGAGAACAAAGUAAGUAUUUAAAUUAAUAAUAGUUUAAAUUGGGAUUGCUUGCUUUGUGGACUGCCAGAUUAGCAGGAUUUUUGUUCUAUUAUAGAAUAAUGAGAGGAUUUAGAGAUCCUAGAUAUGAUGUCAUUUUCUAAAAAUACAAAAAAGAGACUUUAAAAAGAGAUGUAGUUGUUUUUGGUCAAUACAUCUUCUAAGGAUUCAUUGUUUUUGUGACAAGCUCAUCAUUGUACUUUUUAUUUAAGAAUUAAUUGAAUCCAUUUUAAUUGGCAAUUUUAGGAACAUCAAUAUUCUGGAUAUAUUUUGAAGGUUUAGCAGGUAAUGAUUAUUUAUAUCUUGAUAGACCAUCAAUUAUAAUAAUUUAAAGAUUCAAAAAACAAACCUCAAAACUCAAUAUGUCAGGAUGGUUUAUGGAAAAAGAGCAGACAUCCAAAUUUGUUUUUCGAUUUAAUGACUUGGACAACCAUUGCAAUUGCAAGCAUUAAAUCAAGACAUGAUUGUUUAGCUUUGAUCAGUCCAUUAGUUUUAUAUUACGUGAUGGCUGGUUUGACAGUACCAUUAACAGAAAAAUUGAUGAAGAAAAAAAGAGGAGAUUAAUUUAUCCAAUAUUGUUCAAAUACCAAUAAAUUCUUACCUAUUUGAAUAUUAGUAUUCAUGUUAUUAGAGAUAUGUAUUAUAU